AUGCCUGAAUGCAGAAGGGGCGGCACGGACGUGAAUGGCGAUCCUCUGGGGCAAGCGCAGCAUCUCAUCGGUCAGGUUUCUAAGCAUGUGCUCGGCGCGCUGGAUGGCGGGCGCCGGGCACUUGGGCGGCAGCUCGACGCCUUUGCGGGCAUCGUGCCCAAGACCACCGCCCAUUUAGCAGAGUUGACAAGGCUCACGAACGCUGCUGGACGGUUUGCAUCCAUGGCCAUGAAUGCUCGGAACUCCGAUGACGACACUGCUGGGCGUCUGAGCGAGCAGGAAAUGGUUAAACUGGAGUCUGAAUUUCUGAAGCUUCCCGUUGAGGAGCAGAAAGCCAUUGUUGACUAUGCUACGUUGAAGUUUCUGGAGAACAAAAAGAUCAAAUACAAGGGCCGCUCAACGAGCUUGAAGAAACUGACAGAGCAAUAUUUUGAAGAGGAGAAGGUUUGGGAACGGGGAGGCAACAGGGAUACCAUGACUGAGGAUGAGGAGAAUUUCCAAUACCUGGAUGCCAUGCCUGCAAAUGAAAUUCGGAAGGAGGCCCCAAAGCAGCAGCUGCGGCCAGAGGAAGAGCAAGCACUGGAACUUGAGUGCAUGGCCCAAGGUGAAUACAACCAGGGCUUUUGGGGAGGGCGCCAAUACACAUUUGGUCUGUUUGCACGUCCACAGCAAGUGAAAGAGGUCCUCGAAAAGAAGUGGUCACAGAGGCUCCCACAUGCGGUGAUGAAUAACCCAGAGUAUUGGAAUGAUAUUUUGAUGAAUGCACACAACAUGGAGCUCACCCUCAUGGUGGUUCCUUCCAAGCGUCUUUCAAUACCACAGUACCAGAGACGCUAUGGUGAGCUCCUCAGAAAGGGUCUGGAGCAAGAAGGGCCAUCUAAACAAGACAGGCGUGAGCUGAAUCGUCUAGUGACGAUGUUUGACCCCUCAAUUCUGCGUGGGAGGCUGCCAUGGGUGUCUGGUUCACGUAUUCUGCCAGACACACAAAUGAUCUUCAGCACCUUGCCCAAAGGCGAGCUUGCCAUCGAAGUGAUCAAUCCUGCGCCUUUGAAGGACCAACACCCCACUUUCAUGGGCAUUCUCAAGAGCCCCAAGCUCACGUAUUCAGUGUUUGACAUGUUCUUGGGGAACAGUCCAAUUGAUGCCCAGGCCAGACAAGAGGCAGGUACAGCGAUGCUGUACCUGGCCAAUGGCUUCAAGAUGGAAUAUGACCCAUUGAAUCCCUACCACAAAGUCGUUGGAGAGCCGCCACGGUUCGAUGUAGAGGAGGUCGAUCGCAGAGCAAUUCAAUUCAGCAUAGAUCCCCGCUCCAAGAAGGGAAGAAUGCUACUGGGAGAUGGUUCGCCAAGGGCAUCCUAG